CCGGACCGACUCGACAUGUCCGGCUUCGAGGUGUCUCUCCAGCAACUCAACGAUCUGUUGACAGACGCCGGCGGCUUCUACAGCUGGCCCACCAGACACUUCCAUGAGGUUUACCCGAGGAUCUUCGUCGGCAACGCGUUUGUGGCAACCAACGUGAUGCGUCUGAAGCGUGCGGGCGUCACCCACGUCCUGAACGCGGCGGAGGGAAACUCCUUCAUGCACGUCAACACCAACGCCGAGUUCUACGCAGGCACGGGCGUCAUCUACCACGGAAUACCGGCCAGCGACACCGACCACUUCGACAUCAGCGUCUACUUCGAAGACGCCGCAGACUUUAUCGAGAAGGCGCUGGCAUACAAAAACGGAAAAGUGUACGUUCACUGCAGGGAAGGCUACAGCCGCUCGCCAACCUUAGUCGUAGCCUACCUGAUGCUUCGCCAGAACAUGGAUGUCCACACCGCUCUGGCCAUGGUGCGGCAGAAGAGAGAAAUCGGACCCAACGACGGCUUCCUUCGGCAGCUCUGUCGGCUAAACCAGAGGCUGGCUGCCGAGGGAAAGUUCUGGAACAAGUGAGGCACCCAAGGAGGCGGGCGGACAGACAGACUGCCUGUAAGAGAGAACAAGAGUUAUGCUUGAUUGCACAUCGCUUUCUUUCACUUGUUCUACAGCUUUAACAGGCCACAGAUCUUUGAGGGAAUGUUCUGGAAGCGAGGGGAGUGGAGAAAGAAAAACCGUGUCUCUCAGAUUAAGGCUGGCACCGCUGACUGUAUGUAUAGUACAAAAUAAGACGUCCCACACUCUAAGGUUCGACACGUACACACAGUACUUCUGCAAAAGACACUGCUGAUACCAUGUACUUAUCGCUCGUUGUGUUGUUUACAUACUCUCACUUAUAUUCUGAGUAUUGGAUUUAUCUUGC